AAUAGCUGUCAAUGCCGGUGAGCAAGCUGUUUUGCCAAGUUUGUGUUCUCCGUGUUGAAACCAUUUUCUGAAAAAACAUCCACUAGUGAGUUGCAUUGAAUCGAACUGUGCGUGAUGGCUUCGGAACGGUAUAGUUUUUCGCUGACCACCUUCAGCCCAUCGGGAAAGCUGGUCCAGAUCGAGUAUGCCCUGGCGGCGGUAGCGGCCGGAGCACCCUCGGUUGGCAUUAAGGCGGUGAACGGAGUUGUGAUCGCAACGGAAAACAAGCAGAAAUCCAUCCUGUACGAUGAGCACAGUGUGCACAAGGUGGAGAUGGUGACGAACCAUAUCGGUAUGAUCUACUCGGGUAUGGGACCCGACUAUAGGCUGCUCGUCAAGCAGGCCCGGAAGCUAGCCCAAAAUUACUACCUCACGUACCGCGAACCCAUUCCGACGUCGCAAUUGGUGCAAAAGGUUGCCACCGUCAUGCAGGAGUACACGCAAUCUGGUGGUGUCCGGCCAUUCGGAGUCUCGUUACUGAUUUGCGGAUGGGACGAUGGCCGUCCGUAUCUGUUCCAAUGCGAUCCGUCCGGUGCAUACUUUGCGUGGAAAGCAACGGCGAUGGGCAAGAAUGCAAACAACGGCAAAACGUUCCUCGAGAAACGGUACAGUGAAGAUCUCGAGCUGGACGAUGCGGUCCACACGGCAAUUCUUACGUUGAAGGAAGGCUUCGAGGGACAGAUGAACGCAGACAACAUCGAGGUGGGCAUUUGUGAUGCGAACGGUUUCCGCCGACUGGACCCAUCCGAUGUACAGGAUUAUCUGGCCAAUAUUCCAUAAGCUAAAGGGGCUUGGGCAGUAAGAUUUUUUUUCUCGGUAAUAUAAAGCUACUGUGGAGGGGUUGAUACUUUGGAAUAAAAUACUUUUCUUCAAGCGUA